AUGACUGAAAAAAAAUCAUCACUCAGGUGUAUAAAAAUGCCGUCAGAGUUUAUUGGGUCAAUGGUGUCCAUAGACUGUGGUGAGCUUGGCACAUACCAAGGUCGUGUUGAAAAAAUAGACCCAGUGAUGAACACACUGACCAUUUCCCACGCAUUUCACAAUGGACUUCGUAGUGACUUGUCAGUAGUCAAUCUAAGCUCCACAACAAUUCUCGACAUCAAAAUCAUUCAUGCAUCUCAAGAGGCUAAAGAAAUUAUCACAAGGAAAGCAACACCUUCCAAGAUGACGAAGGAAAUUGAUGAAGUGACCAAACCCACCUGUACAUCACCUGUGAAGAUAAUUAAAGCUACCUCAAAGGCCAAAACAGGGUUCAGCUCCACAAAUGCAUCUGGUUCAAUUGUAAAUCAGUUAGAAUUAGCUCAGGGCAGAGGGAGCUGUCGACGCAGACUGUCUCCCCCAGACAGCCCGUCAAAAUUGCUUGAUCCAAAGGCGGGAUCUGUGGUACACAGAUCACUGGCAUAUAAAGGUGUGAACAAUGAAGCAGAGCAUGUGGAACAGUGGAAUGGUUAUGGCGAUGAAAGCAGUGUAAAACCCCGAAAUGGGUUUAGUUAUCCGACAGACCAGUCAACGCAAAAGAUCACAGCAGCAAAGAAAAUGGAGAGAGGUGGAAGAAGGGGAGCUAAUGCAAAAAACAAUGAGUGUUUCAGUGCCCCAGCUGAAUCAUUUCUGCAGGAAUUUGACUUUGAAUCAAAUCUUGCAAUGUUCAAUAAGAAAGCUGUCUUCCGAGAGAUUGAGACUGACUUUCCUGAGCUUAAUUUAGAACCUGGCUUCAGGGAAAAAAAGUAUCGUCAUGAUGAAAAUAUUCUGCAGCCAGGAGAAAACAAUUCGGCCCCGGUAGUUAUGAAACAACAGAUAAAAGUUCCCGGGACCAAAUUCCAGUUAUAUUACACAGAUACAGGAUUGGUGGUUCCAUCAGUCAGUCGAGAACUGCGGGAGAAGGUUUGUGAAGUAGCCUCACAGCAUGGUCUUUCACAUGUCAGGCAGUUGGAGUCUUACGGAAGAGCUGCAAGUGAAAUGGUUAUUCAUUUGAUAGGCGGCAGUCACAGGAUCCACCCAAAGAAUGGACAUCAGAUGCCUGCAGUGGUGAUCCUGUGUGGACCUCAUGAACAUGGGGCCCUUGGAGCAUGUUGCGCCCGCAUUCUUUCAUCACAUGGAGUUCAAGUAACUCUCCUGGUGCCAAACUCUGCAGCUAUCCCCACUAGUCUUUCACAAGAAAUUGAACUCUACAAACUCAUAGGCAACAGUUUGGUUCAUACUGUUGGAGGACUCCCAGACACCAUCGAUUUAAUUGUGACGGCAAUGGACUCCCAUUCAAGUCUAGUGAACACUCAGCACCCCUGGUAUCAGAGCAUCGUCACCUGGAUGAAGAACAGUGACAUUAGGGCUCAGGUGUUGUCAUUAGACCCACCGUCUCAAGGUCCAAGCAUACCUGCCAAGUGGAGCUUGUACAAAGUGUUGCCACUAAAUCAAGUGUCUUCCGCAUGUGGCAGUUUGUACUUGUGUGAUUUGAGUAUCCCAUCUGCCAUCUUCCAAGAAUGUGGCAUCACCUAUGUCUCCCCAUUUGGGUCUAAAUUUGUCAUUCCACUGCAUGCAAAGGAGUAG